AUGAACCCCAGCCGUACCCAGAUGAUCGCCUUUUGGCAGACUUACGUUGCCAGUCUCGAGCCUUGCACCCUCAAUCUCGCUGGCGGUUUUCGAUCUGUCGACAACCAGCAUCGCACCAUGGACAUUCCUGUCCAUGAAGACGGUCUGGCGAAAAUCCAGCAGUUCUGCACCGAAAUUGACGUGCCCUUGGCCGCUGCUCUGAAGGCAGCCUGGGCUAUGGCUCUCCACGCCUACGCCAACACUGACGGCGUGCUCUUUGAAGUCGUUGAAGGCUCUCUGGGAGCUGACGAGGUUUCGGGAGAGCACGCGACCAUAUGUGCCCCCCGGGAAUCUCUUGUCCGUUUCCAAUUCGGGAAUAAUACGACUUGUGCACAAGUCGUCAGCGACAUGGACGCUGAUCAGUCUAGCAGCGGCGAUUUCAAGAUGGUGAACAUCGCCCAGGCUUGGGGGGCUGCACAUGGAAUCACUGGCUCCUUAUAUAACACCAAACUGGCACUGUGGGAUCAUGGUGAUCAGGUGUCAUCCAACGUCGUUCUUCCGUCAGAGGUAAACGACAACAAUCAGAUUGCUUGUACAAUCCACUUAGGCAUUCGGAGGCACUCUAUCAGCCUACAUGUAGAGUACGAAACAUCCCUUGUGUCCGACUGGGAGGCCGGCCAUAUCGCUACGACCUUCAACCACAUGGUCAAUCUCAUCACAUCGCAAUACACAACACCAAUCCCAUCGUUGGACGUUGUUCCGGCAUCUCACCUAGAAGAACUCGAGCGCUGGAACCAUGGAAAUCCGCAAGCAAUUCAAAGCUGUGUACACAAAGUUUUUGAAUCCCGCGUCAACUCUCAACCCGACGCUAUCGCCGUGGCUACGCGGCAAGGAGACCUCACAUUUCGCCAACUUGACGACUUGGCGAAUAGCCUGUCACAUCGCCUCGUGAAUCUUGGCGUCGGCCCAGAUAUUUUUGUUCCUGUUCUCUUUGAAAAAAGCGUCUGGGCCCUAGUAUCUUGGUGGGCUAUCUUGAAGGCUGGCGGCGCCUUUGUACCCAUGGAUGUUGGCCAUCCUGACCAGAGACUUCACGACAUCAUCUCAACAUGUCAGGCAAGCCUUGUUUUGACAUCAUCCUCUAGUUCGAGUCGAGUUUCAACAUUGGACAUUCAAACUCUUGUUGUCGACCAAGACCUCAUGGACACAUUGCCUAAGAAGACGUCACCACCAAGGACAUUAGUUGCUCCCCACCACGCCGCCCUCGUCAUCUUCACCUCUGGAACCACAGGCAAGCCAAAGGGCAUCGUCCUCGAGCACAACGCUGUUUGUACGGCAUCCGCUGCACAGGCUGUGGCCUUCAACAUGGGACCGGGCGAUCGUGUGUUGCAAUUUGCCUCAUAUACCUUUGACAUUGCCCUCUCCGACAUGUGCACGAACCUGAUGGCCGGGGGGUGCGUGUGCAUCCCGUCAGAUCAAGAGCGCAUGAGCAACCUUUCCGGAUUCAUCGCUGACAUGGGCGUCAACUAUGCCAACUUGACGACGACAGUCGCCGGCCUCUUAGAUCCGACGUUAGUGCCUAGCCUGAAAACCCUGGUGCUUGCGGGCGAAGCAAUCACAAAGGAAGCUAUGACGACCUGGUCCGGCGUUCUCAAAUUGUACAACGGCUAUGGUCCCGCAGAAUGUUCUUUGUGUACUGCUUACGGGCCCAUGUGCAUGGAUGAUGAGCCUGCCAACAUCGGUCUCGGUCUCGAGACCAUCUGCUGGGUUGUCGAUCCGAACGACCAUAAUCGCCUCAAGCCUCUUGGAGCCGUGGGCGAAUUGCUCAUUGAAACUCCUCUCAUGGCGCGAGGUUAUCUGAAUGAUCCGGAGAAGACGCAAGCUGGAUUCAUCUAUGAUCCUCAUUGGGCCUCCGAUCGGUCCGGUCGCCAACGACGUAUGUACAAGUCUGGUGAUUUAGUCCGGUAUAGCGAAGACGGUACCCUGAUCUACUUGGGUCGCAAAGAUCACCAAGUUAAGAUCAAUGGUCAACGCGUCGAGUUGUCCGAUAUCGAAUUCCAUGUCCUGGCAAAUCUGAGCAAGGCCAGUCAAGUCGCUGUUGAUUUGGUUCAGUUCGGAUCCGAUGCUCGCAAGACCCUCGUUGCCUUCGUCUGCGUCGAGCAGGAGAGCCAUUCGGCAGAGAGCUCAUUCGGCGAAAUCUUCCUGCCUAUAUCAGAAGACCUUCGUCCCAAGCUUCUGGCUCUGGAGGAGAGGCUCUCAAGUCGCUUACCCGGGUACAUGAUACCAUCGAUGUACAUGCCGGUUUUUAGUCUGCCAAUAACGAUCGCUGGCAAAUUGGACAAGCGGACAAUCCGCGCCCAUAUCGCCCGACUCUCAAGCGCACAAAUUGACAGCUAUUCUCUCGUUGACUCUAUAUCUGCUGAGAACAGUGAGUCAAUGUCUACGACUCAGUCAAUGCUCUCCGGACACUGGUUGAAUAUUCUUUGUCUGUCACAAGCGAAAGCCAUCCGCCCAGAAGACAGCUUCUUCCGGCUUGGUGGCGACUCUUUGACUGCGAUGAAGCUUUCAAUCUCUUUGAGAAAAGACAAAGUGUCACUCAGUGUUGCUGACAUCUUUCGGGGGCCGACUCUGGCUCAGAUGGCUGCUCUAAUGACUCGUGUCACUGACGCGGAGGACGAGACUACCUUGGCUCUGGCUGAGCCCUUUUCCCUGAUUGACAAACACCACCAGACCUCAGUUCUACAGAAUGCUGCUGAGCAGUGCUCUGUACCUGUCGAGUCUAUCACAGACAUCUUCCCUUGCACGCCCCUGCAAGAGGGUUUGAUGCUCUUGUCGGACAAGGAACCUGGCUCUUACAUGGCUAGGAACGUUUUCCAACUCGGUCCUGAGGUCGACAUCCAACGUUUCAAGGAUGCAUGGGAGGAGGCCGUCCAAACCACACAGAUCCUCCGAACCACGAUUGUUCACAACGAUGAAAUAGGAUCUUUACAGGUUGUCAUUGAUGGGACUACCUCCUGGGAGGACAGCGAGCUCAGCCUCGACGUCUACCUUGUCGAGGACAAACCCGCCAACAUGACCUAUGGAGACUCAUUGAGUCGUCACGCAAUCGUUGGGAACGGCCGGGAGAGGUACUUCGUUUGGACGGCGCAUCACUGUGUCUUUGAUGGCUGGUGCAUUCCCAUGCUCACCGAGAAACUCGCCAACCUCUACGACGGCACGCCAGUUUCUCUAUCUAUGCCAUUCAAAUCGUUUAUCCGUCACCUCCAGGAUCUCGACAAGGGGAUCGCAAGCCAAUUCUGGAGUCAGCAGUUGGAUCAAUCGAGACCAGGCUACUUUCCGAAGCCAGUCACACACGAAACUGCCAAGGAUUCCAUCGUCGAGAGCGUUGCGACUCAUGCCAUCAGCUUUUCACCGACAGCGUCCGACAUCACUCCGUCUACUAUUCUCCGGGCGGCAUGGGCGCUGGUUGUCGGGAAGAACUCUGAUCAAGACGACUUCACCUUUGGCGCGACCGUCACGGGUCGUAACGCGUCCCUCGAUGGGAUUGACACGAUGAUGGGACCGACAAUCACAACUGUACCAAUCAGAGUCCGUAUCGACAGGGAGCGAAGCGUGUCCGAUUUCCUGGCGGCACUGCAAUCUUCCUCGACCGAAAUGAUCCCUUUUGAGCAUUUUGGCUUGCAGAACAUCAGUGCCAUCAACAGUGACGCCAAGUCCGGCUGUGGCUUUCAAAAUGUCCUCGUUAUCCAGCCUCAGUCAGAAGAGGCCACAGUUUCGUCCGGCCUCGACAUUCAAUUUACGAACAAGGGUGGCAUGAACGGCCACACCUACCCCCUCCUAGUCGAGUGCACCCUGGGAAGUGACCGCGUUGAGAUAAUCGCGAGAUAUAAUCCCGCGUGCCUCACGACCGACUACAUGGCGCGCGUGCUGCACCAGUUCGAGCAUGUGAUCGACCAAAUUACCACUAACCCGGAACGCAAACUAGGAGACGUUGAUUUCUUCAGCCCUUGCGAUAUACAGCAGCUCUCUAGAUGGAACUUUAGAGCACCAACUACUGUGGAAGCCUGUAUACACGAACUCGUCAGGCUUCAGGCUAUGCAGCAGCCAGACAGGCAGGCAAUCUGUUCGUGGGACGACAAUCUUACCUACGCAGAACUUGAAGAUCGUUCCACUAGACUAAGCCUCUACCUUGUGUCGCUGGGGGUAUCGAGUGGAGAGAUUGUGCCUCUGUGCUUUGAGAAAUCUGCCUGGACCAUUGUGUCCAUGAUUGCCGUUCUCAAAGCUGGAGCAGCUUUCGUCGCCCUGGACCACUCCCACCCCAUUGACAGACUUAACGUUCCAGUAAGCGGGGACUUUGUCGAGACAUUGCCUCCGUCGUCCGAUAACGCGUUGCCUUUGCCGACGGUCAACCCUUUUGAUGCAGCCUACCUCAUCUUCACCUCUGGCUCCACCGGCAAACCGAAGGGAACCAUCCUCGAGCACAAGGCCUUCUGCUCCAGCUCGCUUGCCCACGGGAAAGCUCAGUUGACAAAUUCAUCUUCCCGUGUCCUCCAGUUCUCGUCGUACGCCUUCGAUGCCUCCCUCGUUGAAAUUCUCACCACCCUCAUCCACGGCGCUUGCGUCUGCGUGCUAAGCGAGGAAGAGCGCAUGGGCGACAUCGUCAGCGCAAUGAACAGAAUAGAGGUCAACUGGGCCGUGCUGACCCCAUCCUUCAUCAACCAGAUUUCACCGCAGCAAGUACCCCAGCUUAGGACCCUCGUCCUGGCCGGCGAGGCCAUGUCUCGGAAAGACAUCGAGCGAUGGGGUGCCGCGGUGGAGUUGGUGAACGGGUACGGGCCCUGCGAGUGUGCCGUCGUCUCCGUGGUCAACUCGCAUGUUACGGUGAACACGGAUCCGAAAAACAUUGGGUUCCCUACUGGCAACCGCUGCUGGGUGGUAGAUGCUGCGGACCAUACACGACUCGCACCCAUCGGUUCGGUUGGCGAGCUUGCUAUCGAGGGUCCGACUUUGGCUCGUGGCUACUUGAAUGAUCCGGGGAAGACGGCACUGGCGUUCGUGGAGCGCCCGCGGUGGCCUAUCAUCGGCCUGGAGACAGAUAUUUGCCGCAUGUACAAGACAGGCGAUCUUGUUUGCUACAAUCCCGAUGGAUCCCUCAACUUCGUUGGCCGGAAGGACACCCAGAUCAAGAUCCGCGGCCAGCGAAUCGAGCUCGGCGAGAUCGAGCAGACCCUGGCCUCCUGCCCCGAUCUCCAGCACGUAUUUGUGACUGUGCCAAAAUCAGGCAAGCUCCAGGAUCGCCUCGCAGCCGUCAUCACCGCCAGAGCUGGUGACACUUCGGGAGGGCCACUAGAAGGCCCCCCGUCCCUAGCGUCCCAGCUUCCGAGGAACACCAUCGCCAAGAUCAUUUCAGAUACCCAUCACAGGCUUACUAACGCCCUUCCAAUCUUCAUGAUACCGACAGCCUGGGCUCUUGUCGCAGCAAUGCCGAUGAACAAGUCCGAGAAGACUGACCGCAAGUGCCUGAACCAGUGGCUGGUUGAUCUCGAAGACGAGGUCUACAAUACCAUUAUGGACGCAACCUCCGGUUCAGAUGAGGACACUCAAGCGACCACCACAGCCGAGCAGACGAUUCAGCGUAUCGUCAGUCGUGUCCUGGGCCUUUCCAUUGAGAAGACAAAGAUGUCCUGGUCGUUUGUAGCAAUGGGUGGGGAUUCCAUCACUGCUAUGCAGGUCAAGUCAGCGUCCAGGAUAGAAGGCUUGUCUUUCACGGUUCAGGACAUCAUUCGAAGCAAGUCUCUGAUUCAGCUCGCCUUCUGUGCCCGGGAGAUCGCGGGCCAUGAAGGCAAGCCUCCAACGUACGUCGAGCAGACCGAGAAGAUAUUUGAUCUUUCGCCUAUCCAACAGCUGUACUUCGAGCAAGCUUUUGUCGAAGGCUCGUGGUUCAACCAAAGCAUGGCUGUCAAGAUUUCCAAGCAUGUUGAUGCCUCGGUGCUAUCUGCUGCAGUUGUAGCUUUGGUCCGUCAGCACUCGAUGUUACGCGCUCGCUUCUCCCUUGGACAUGAAGGCCGCUGGGUGCAGAGGAUCACUGAGGAUAUCGACACUUCGUAUGUGAUUCGGCACUUCACAGUCGACGAGGAAGCCGCGAUGGACGACAUCUCGACAAGCAGCCAGCUAGAGAUUGACCCUGAACAAGGUCCCUUGCUCAUCGUUGACGCGUUCAAGGUUGACGACAACAGGCAAUACUUGUUCCUCACCGCAAGUCAUCUGGUGGUCGACCUUGUCUCCUGGAGAAUCCUCCUCGAUCACCUGCAAACUCUGCUCGUCAACAGCGACGCGUCAAAAUUUGUCGCGACGCCGUUCCAGCAGUGGUGUGAAUUGCAAGCCCAGCAUGCACAGGAGAAACUAUCGCCAUCUUCUAUCGGCUGCUUCGCAACAAACAACUCUGAAGCGGAGUUGGAAUUCUGGGGCCUCGAGGGAAAAUCAAACACCUACGCCGACACCUCGACGGUCAGCUUUGUCCUAGACAGCGCAAAGACCAGCAAAGUUGUCAGCGGGGUUCACCAGUCUCUUCGCACCGACUUCGUCGACCUGGCUGUCGCUGCGCUGAUGCAAUCUUUCAUCCAAGCAUUCGGGACGCAUAGAUCGCCAACAGUCUUCCUCGAAGGACACGGCCGCGAGACGUGGGACGAGGCGGUCGAUAACUCGUCUACCGUCGGUUGGUUCACCACAAUGUACCCUUUGCAAGCUACCUGUGUUGAUGUCAUCGACACUGUCAUCUCCGUCAAAGAUGCGCGCCGCGCUGUGUCCAACAAUGGCUGGUCCUAUUUCGCAAGCCGAUUCUUGAAUGACGAUGGCAUAGAGGCUUUCGGUCAGAGCGGUCCCGUCGAUGUGAUUUUCAACUAUGCCGGACAGUAUCAGCAGCUUGAGGAAGAUGGCGCCCUGCUGCAACUCGACACUAAAAACUUUGCCAGAGCCACGCUGAACGAUAUCUCAACCUCUAUUCGACGUUUCGCGGUAUUCGAGGUCAACGCCGAGGUACACCAUGGUGUCGCCAAUUUCUCCAUUGUUUACAACAAGCAUAUCAACAAUGCUGGCUUGGUUGACAAAUGGUGUCAUAACUUCCAGAACACUCUUACGGAGACUGCGUCACGAUUAGAGGCUAUGGAUCCGAGGUACACGGCGUCCGACUUCCCUCUGCUCUCGCUAUCAUCUACAACACUCGAUGAGUUGCUCUCUCGGAAGCUACCCAGCUUGGGGCUUGGCCAGCAGGAUAUUGAAGACAUGUAUCCCUGCUCUCCAAUGCAACAAGGCCUUCUAGUGAGCCAGGCUAAGCAGGCUGGCAGCUACGAUGUUCAGUUCUACUGGGAGAUUGUCGGUUCAGUCAGCUGCGACCACCUCAUUGACUCUUGGCAACUGGUUGUAGAUCGACAUCCAAUUCUUCGAACCAUCUUCCUCGAGAGCUCUCGUGAUGAUGGCUUGUUCGACCAGAUCGUCCUCAGGCCUCGCUCUGUUUCUUGCCCGACAAACAUCAUGGACAGCGGGAAGGACACUACGUCUUCACGAUUCUUUGCUGCGGUCAUCGAUCUGCCCGUAGAAAGCAGCGGCAAACCACGACACUGUUUGUCGAUUCUGCAAACCGGGGACUCGACGUUCUGCAGACUUGACAUCAGCCACGCCUUAAUCGACGGCGGUUCGACAGCGUCUUUGGAGCACGACUACGCUCUUGCAUGCAACGGAUACCUGGGAACCCUCAACCCCCCGCUUCCCGUGUACAAAGAUUUUAUUGAGUUGAUCUCCACGCGACCGAUGGCAGACAGCCUCGCAUACUGGACUAACUACCUUCGCGACGCCGAGCCUAGUCUCCUGCCACCCCUUCUCGAUAACAACAACGACUCAAGGGAGACACCGGAAGUGCGCUACAUCGACGUUGAGCUGAGAGAUACCGCACGAUUGAUCAACGAGUUUUGUGCCAACGAGGGGUUCACUGCCUCUAACUUGUUCCAGGCUGCGUGGGCCAUUAUGUUGCGGACCUUUGGCGCUUCGGAGACGACUUGCUUUGGGUAUCUCGCUUCUGGGCGCGAUUUACCGAUUUCUGGGAUUCAAGAUGCCAUCGGGCCGUUUAUGAACAUGCUCAUCUGCAAGCUGGUCAUCUCUAACGAAGCUACGGUCGACAGCAUCUUGGGGGCGGUUCAGGAUGAUCUUUUGAGUAGCUUGCCUCAUCAGAUGUGCUCCAUGGCGGAAAUCCAGCACUCGUUGAAUCUGUCCGAGGGGUCACUAUUCAACACUGUCAUGUCGUUCCAGAGGUUGGACAAGACUGAAUCCAGGGACGACGCAGGCAACAUUCGCAUUGUCAACCGCGGAGGAAAAGAUGUUUCCGAGUUCGACAUCACAGUCAACGUUGGUCACUCCCAGGACGGCUUCGAGGUCUCCUUGGGAUACUGGACAAACUUCAUGUCAGACGGAUUCGCAACCCACGUCGCAGCCACCUUUUCCCACAUCUUGGCUGAAAUUGUGCGCAUUCCUGGCCAGAAAGUCAGCGACAUUAACUUGAUGAGCCAAAGUAGCCUCAGCACCAUCAAGGACUGGAACAACUGGACACCCGACAGCUUCGAUGAAACCAUACAAGACAUUUUCGAAGCCCACGCUGCAUCCCACCCUCAGCGACCAGCUCUUUGCAGUAUGGAUGGAAACCUCACGUACGGCGAGCUCAAGCAGCUUUCGGAUACCCUGGCGCAUCACCUUAUCAGGAUAGGUCUUGAGCCGGAUACCUUCGUCCCCAUUAGUUCAGAAAAGUCCAUCUGGGCUAUUGUUGGUAUGAUGGCCAUUCUGAAAGCCGGAGCAGCUUUCGUUCCUCUCCCGCCCUCCGAUCCACCGGCGAGAAAGGUGCAGAUCCUGGGACAGAUCAAUGCAGCCAUCAUUCUUCUUUCGGAAGCAGAGACUACGACAUGGCUACCAAGAGACGGUCUCAAAGCAGUAUCGGUCGGUCUCAACUCCAUCGCCCAACUUCCAUCACCUCCUGCCAGCCUGGCCGACAACCCUCCCUCGGCCAGCGCCGCCUACGCUCUCUUCACCUCCGGCAGCACCGGCGUACCAAAAGGUGUAGUCAUUGAGCACGAAUCUCUCGUUGCCAGUUUACACGGCCAAGGCAAGGUAUAUGGCAUGUCCCCUGAGACACGAUCCCUCCAGUUCGCAUCAUACACCUUUGACGCAUGCAUCAUCGAGAUCUUCGGCCCUCUCUACCAUGGCGGCUGUGUCUGCGUCCCGAGCGACUCGUCUCGUCUAGACGACAUCGUCAACUUGGUACAGACCUUGAAGCCGAAUUGGACGUUCCUUACGCCUUCGUUCCUGCGGCUGCUCGACCCGAGUCAGGUUCCAAGUCUCACAACUGUCGUGGUCGGAGGCGAGGCGCCCGAUCGUCAGGGCUUGCAGAUCUGGCAGCCUGUGCUGAAGCAGCACAUGAACGGAUACGGGCCGACAGAGACAUGCAUUAUCUGCGUUAUCAAUCGCUUCGACUCCCCGACUACCAACCCGGCUUGUAUCGGAAAGGGUGUUACGGCCAGGACCUGGGUCGUUGAUCCUGAAGAUCACCACCGUCUGAUGCCGGUUGGUUCGAUCGGAGAACUACUCGUGCAAGGCCCAAUUUUGGCUAGGGAGUAUCUAGGAGACGCCGCAAAGACAUCCGCUGCCUUUGUUGAGUCUUGUGCUUGGCUAGAUGCGAAGCCAUCUUCCCCCGUCUGGGAGCAACGCUUCUACAAGACUGGCGAUCUCGUCCGAUACAACCUCGACGGCAGUCUCAACUAUCUCGGCCGGAAAGACGCUCAGGUCAAGGUCCGAGGUCAGCGUCUCGAGCUUGGUGAGAUCGAAUCUCAUGCAAAGUCGUUAUGGGGCGAAGGUCUGGUCGUCGCAGACGCGGUGAAGCUCGGGGCCAGAGGAGACACUCAGGUCCUAGCAUUGUUCAUUACCGCCGAAUGCUGCUUUGAUAAGGGACAGAACAUACCGACAAGUCUCGAUGAAACCUUCAAGCAAAGGCUCAGAGUUCUCGAUGAAGGAUUGAGAGGCCGACUGCCUGGCUACAUGGUUCCGUCCAUCUACAUUCCGACCCCGGAGAUCCCACUCAGCGUUGCCGGUAAGACGGACAAGCGCAAACUCCGGGCGUGCGCGCACGACAUUACGGAGGAGCAGAUUCUCUUGUUCACCCUCGCCACCCAGAAUAAGCGCAGCCCGGCUACCGCCAUGGAACAGACGUUGCAGCAGCUUUGGGCUGAGCUACUUGGAUGCCCCCACUCGUCAAUUGGCUGUGAUGAUAGCUUCUUCCGUCUUGGAGGCGAUUCCAUCUUGGCUAUCAAGCUUGUGGCAUCGGCUCGGAAGGCCGGCGUGUUCCUCAAUUUCCCCAUGAUAUUCAACGCGCCCAUACUCUCCGACUUAGCGAAACAGGCUUAUGUCUUGAGCGAUGGACUGGCUGAGAACGAUGUCGAGAAAACUGAAACACACCUGGGUUCAGUGCCUUUCUCGCUCGUCGAUCACGAUCCCAACGUCGUCCGAAAGGUCAUCUCGGAGCUUCUCGGUGUUUCUUUAGAGAGCAUUGAAGACGCAUAUCCAGUCACGGCACUCCAGGAAGGAUUGAUGCUGCUCACCACCAAAGAGCCUGGCGCGUACGUCAGCAGGCAAGUCUAUCAGCUAAGCCAAUCCAUCGACCUGGACCGCUUCCGCCGGGCCUGGGAGACUUUUGUUCAGUCGACGACCAUCCUCCGUACCCGCAUCGCCAGUCUUGAUCUUCUUGGUACACUUCAGGUUGUGGUCAAUGAUGGCGCCGGCUGGAAGACCGGCACAGAUCUCGACCAGUACUUGGAUGCUGACGAACAUCUGCCUAUGGCGUUUGGCGAUCCCCUGUGUCGCCUUGGUCUCGUCCAUGAUGAGGUUUCGGGAAGCAACUACCUUGUUCUCACUAUCCACCACUCAUUAUACGAUGCAUGGAGUCUGGAGUUGGUCCUCAAGGCCGUCGAAUCCAUUUACGCCAGGCAAGUUGCCCCAACAGCGACAACGCCUUUCAAGGAUUUCAUUGCCGGUCUAAAGCAGUCCGACGCCGACGCCUCGAGGGACUUCUGGCUAUCUCAGCUCAAUGGUAUCUCUUGCUCCCCUUUCCCUCAGCUUCCGAGCACAGGAUAUCAGCCGAAGCUAGACGGGACCAUUUCCAAGUCAAUAUCCCUAGCAGGAUUGGCCAACAAGGACGUCACUGUUGCGACUUUUCUAAGGUCAGCCUUAGCCGUCUCCAUAGCCAAAUUCACCGGAGAAGAAGAAGCAAUCUUUGGCGAAGUCUUGGCGGGAAGAAAUUCCUCAGGCGGCGAUGUCUCACUUGUCCUGGGCCCAACGAUUACUACCGUGCCGGUGAGGAUCAAGAUUGAGCAAGAACAGAGCAUCACCAGUUUCCUUACCUCUGUCCAGAGGCAGGGGACCGCAACGGGUCCCCAUGAGCAGUUCGGGUUGCAAAAUAUCAGCCGUCUGGGUCCCGAAGCCGCAGCCGCCUGUCGUUUCCAGACGCUUGUCGCAAUCCAACCCGCCGAGCAGGCCGCUCUGAUGGACCCCGGGAUUAUGACGCUGCAUCAAGUCAGAGAGGAUACUUCCGAGAACCUUGGAGCGUAUAGCCUUAUGCUUGAAUGCAAGCUUGGCUCCGAGUCAGCUGUGAUCAAGGCGAGGUACGACGGCAGUCUGGUCACGGAGACUCAGCUGCAGGGCCUUCUCGACCAAGUGGAACACAUACUCGGUAAACUCUCCGUCGACGACUCUGCGCAAGAUUUGGCUAGCCUUCACUCGCUGAAUGCUCUCUCCCUUGAGAAACUCAUGCAUUGGAAUUCUCUAGCUCCGAUGGAGAGUUCCGGAACAUGUCUUCACCACUUAUUCGAAGACAUGGCGAUGAAGCAACCCCUUCGUCCGGCCAUCCGCGGCUGGGACGCUGACUUCACAUACAAAGAGCUCGACGAAUCUGCUAGGGAUCUCUCGAGGAAGCUGGUGUCGAUGGGUGUUGGCCCUCAAACCCUGGUACCUCUGGCGUUUGAGAAGUCAUCCUGGGCAGUAGUCUCGAUGCUCGCUGUUCUGAAGGCCGGCGGAGCCUUCGUCCCCUUGGACGUCAACUGCCCUCUUAGCCGCAAGUCAGACAUCUUAGAUCAGACUGGCGCAACCAUCGUGCUUUCUUCCGCGGGGGACGUGGACAAGUGGAAUUCCUUCACGAACGUUCACGUCUUGGCUGUCGACCAGGAUGCCACAAUAGGAUACACUGGCGCAGAGAUCCUUUCCGACGACGACAGUGCCGCCGUUAACGCGGCCGAACCGGUCCCCAGCGACACCGCCUACCUCAUCUUCACGUCCGGCAGCACAGGCAGACCCAAGGGCGUCGUCAUUGAACACUCGAUGGCCAGCUCCGGGGCAUCCGGUCAUGGAUCCGUUCUCAAAUUCGGCCCCGACACGCGCGCGUUGCAAUUCUCCUCUUACGCCUUUGACGCCUCCAUCAUGGAGAUAUUUGCUACGCUGACAUACGGGGGCUGCGUAUGCGUUCCUUCCGACGGCGAUCGCACCCCUGACAUCGUCGCCAUUAUGGAGCAGAUGCGAGUCAACUGGGCGCUUUUCACUCCGUCGUUCCUCAAGACGAUUAGCCCAGGCGAUGUGCCACACCUCAAGACCCUCGUUGUGGGAGGCGAGUCGUGCACUGACGAGUGUGUGGAGACCUGGGCGCCCAAGGUCGAGAUGAUCCAAGCUUACGGCCCCGCAGAAGCCACCGUCAUCAGCGCCGCCAUGACCAUCGACCCCGGCUCAACAACAACAUAUAGUAGGGCGUCCAACAUUGGAUAUCCUGUAGCUUGUCGCCUAUGGGUCACUGAUCCACAUAAUCAUGAUGUGUUAUCAGCCACAGGGGCGAUUGGCGAGCUCGUCAUCCAAGGCCCCAUCGUCGCCCGCGGCUAUAUUGGCGAGCCGGAGAAGACACGGGAAGCCUUCAUCGAUUCUCCGAAUUGGUUGAGUGGUCUCUACAAGGGCGAGAGCGCGAGGAUCUACAAAACCGGCGACCUCGUACGCCAUAAUCCCGAUGGUUCCAUCUGCUUUGUCGGACGUAAGGACCGUCAGGUCAAGGUCCGUGGUCAGCGGGUUGAGUUGGGGGAAAUUGAGCACGUAUUAUCAACAUGUGCCGGCUCACGACACAGCAUGAUUCUUUUCCCCAAGGCAGGAGAGUGCAAGGGAAAGCUGGUUGCAGUGAUAUCAGCUUCUCUCGUCGCUUCAACAAGCAACUCUCCAGAGGCGAUACAACUUGCGAGUCUGACCAACGUAUCCAUCAACACUCGGGACUUGACAACGAUGCAGAACCAGAUUACGGAGCAGUUGCCGUCUUACAUGAUCCCCGAAGUCUGGGCAAUGGUGGCAGAUGUACCCCUCACGCCCUCGAUGAAAAUCGAUCGUCGUAUCGUCACUCAAUGGAUCGAAGGCCUGAACAGGGAGACCUACACACGAAUCCUCAAGCAAGCCAAGACAGGAAAAGAAGAUGGCGCGGCCAAGACCCCGGUUGAAGUAUCGCUACAGAAGGUCUGGUCUCAAGUCCUUAACCUGCCCAUCGAGAUCGUUGGCACCCAAAACUCCUUCCUCUCACUUGGCGGGGACUCAAUUACUGCAAUGCAGGUCGUCACAAAGAGCAGAGCAGAAGGCAUCUCGGUCAACAUGCAGAACGUUCUCCGCAGUCGCACCCUUACCCAGCUCGCAGCCGGCGCCAAAGGGGCUUCGGUCGCGCCUCUUGUCGCCGCUAUGAUCGAGGACACGAUGGAGCCUUUUGCCUUGUCGCCAAUCCAAUCUCUCUACUUUUCGCACAUUGCAUCUCAGGGAACCCAUCAUUUCAACCAGAGCUUUUUGUUGCGACUUGAGAAUAGGACUUCCCCCAAGGAGUUGCGAAGAGCGGCCGAUGCCAUCGUGUCUCGGCACGCCAUGCUUCGCUCGCGGUUCCAGCGACAGGCAAACGAGGCUUGGACUCAGCGGAUUGAGACUGAGAAUGAGACCUCCUACCGAUUCCAGUUCUACGAAGUGGCAUCCAAGGAUGAUAUGGCAGCCAUUGCCCGGGAUACAACCACGGCUCUGUCAGUCGACGGUCCUGUCUUCGCUGCGGAUGUGUUCCACACUGAGAACAGCGACUACAUAUUCCUUGUGGCCCACCACCUUGUCAUCGACCUUGUUUCUUGGAGAGUUAUCCUUGCAAACCUGGAAGAGUUCCUGUCUGAGGGAUCCAUUGCAUCGGCCGAAUCCAUCUCAUUUCGAGGUUGGACCAAUCUACAGGAUAGCUUUGCACGCGAGUCUGACGACAUGUUGCCUCAAAAAGCACUUCCUUUUACCGUUCCCCAAGUUGACUACAAGUACUGGGGUAUGGAAGAAAAGGCGAACACCUACGGCGAUGUCACAAGCAUUGGCUUCAUGCUAGACGAGGCCACGACAACCUCUCUACUGGGCCCCUGUCACGACGCUCUUCGCACAGAGCCCAUUGACGUCUUCUUGUCUUCGAUCAUGCACUCCUUCCGGCGGAUCUUCAACGACCGCCAUACUCCAGCCAUCUUCAACGAGGGUCAUGGAAGAGAGUCUUGGGAUCCUGUUAUCGACAUUACCGAGACCGUUGGCUGGUUUACGACGAUAUAUCCCAUCUACGCCGACGUGUCUACGGAUAAUGUUGUAGACACCGUCCGACUCAUCAAGGGUGUCCGCCGGUCUAUACCACGGAAUGGCUGGCCUUAUUUUGCAUCACGUUUCCUCAACGACAAAGGGCGCCAAGCAUUUGGUCAACACAACCGCGUUGAGAUGAUGUUCAACUACGCGGGCUUGUACCAGCAGCUCGAGCGACAAGACACAAUGCUCCACCGCGAAGUCUGGGACGACGCCGACGACGUUCCCGAGAUUAGCGACCAGAUUAAACGCCUCUCGCUCUUUGAAAUCGGUGCCAGCAUUGAGAACGGUCGGGCCAGGAUGACCUUUGUCUUCAAUCGUAACAUGCGACAUAUCGACAAGAUCAAAGACUGGGUCAAGGAGUGCGAGGUGGUGCUUCGCGAUUCUAUUCACGGCAUUGAGAGGAUGGAGCCUGAGUUCACGCAAACUGAUGUUCCGCUUCUCGAUCUUACCUUGGAAGAACUCCGAACUUUCAACCAGGAGACCGUGCCACCCAUUGGAUCAUUCGCCGACAUUGAAGACGCGUACCCCUUGUCGCCGAUGCAGCACGGCAUCGUCAUGAGCCAAGCCAAAAAUGCCACCAACUACAAGUGUCACUUCUCGUGGAAGGUUACCGCGUCGCGUAACAACGGCAUUGUCGACUCAGGGCGUCUGGAGGCUGCCUGGAGACAGGUCGUCGGACGUCACUCCACGCUGAGAACCGUCUUUGUCAAGUCUGCAAGCAUCAAGCGACUUACUGACCAAAUCGUUUUGAGCAACUAUCUUCCCUCUGUUGCACAGAUUCUCGUCGACGAUGAAGUCGAGGCUUUCGAAUGCUGCGAGAAGGAAACUGGAGAGACCGCAGAUUCGCUACACCAGCUAACAAUCUGCACCACCAAAGACCAGAAGGCUUUCAUCAGACUUGACAUCGAUCACGGACUCAUCGACGGAGGAUCCCUUGGUCCACUUCUUAGUGACUUUGUCAAAGCUUACGACGGCGCUAUUCUCGAGGGCACAGGGGCCCAGUACAGAGAUUACGUCGAAUACAUCCAGAGAAGGCCCAUGGAAGAUUCCAUCUUGCACUGGAAGCAAUACCUAUCAGGUGCCGAGCCGUGCAGUCUGCCGAACCUGUCAGACAUUGGCGUCUCUGAGAAUAGCCUAGUGACCCUCGAAGUCGACUUUCAAAUCCCCGCAAAGUCCAUCAUCGACUUCUGCACCGCCCACGAAGUCACAAUUUCCAACUUCUUCCAGGUCGCAUGGGCCCUGCUCCUCCGUACCUACACUGGCACCGAGGAUAUCCUCUUCGGCUACCUCACCUCGGGCCGCGAGACGCCUGUGGAUGGCAUUGAAGACGCCAUCGGUCUCUUUGCCAACAUGAUGGUGUGCCGCUUCCGCGUCCAGGGCGAGGCCCCCUUACUCGAACUGCUUCAAGAAGCCCAGCGGGGUUUCCUCCACAACUUGGAUCACCAGCAUUGCUCUCUUGCGCAUGUGCAGCAUGCUCUAGGUAUGGCUGGACAGUCUCUGUUCAAUACGGGUAUCUCAUUCCAGAGACUCCCGUCCACGUCGGAUCAGGGAUCUACAAGCCUCAACUUCGAACACCUCAGCGGGCAAGACUCAACAGAGUACGAUCUAAUUGUCAACGUGGCCGCCAACAACGACACUUUGGGCGCAGCUCUCUCCUUCUGGACCGCGCAGGUCUCGGAAAGCAAUGGAGCACACAUUGCGUCCUGUUUCACGCAGAUUGUCUCCAAGAUCGUGGCCGAUUUUUCCGGAACUGUUGCAGCCCUAGAUCCUCUGAGUUCCCACGACAUCAACACGAUCUAUGAUACCCUCGCGCUGGAGCCAAUCGCCGACGAUGCGUGCGUCCACGAGCUCUUCACGCUGGUAGCUUCUAGGCAGCCCAGCAAGAUUGCCAUUGACUCUUGGGAUGGAUCAAUAUCCUAUGACAGUCUGGAUCACAAGUCGAGUCAGUUGGCGGCAUACCUGCGACUUGUCGGCGUCGGGCCCGAAGACAUAGUCCCGAUCUGCUUUGAAAAGUCAAUUUGGGCGAUCGUUGCCAUGCUGGCUGUCAUGAAAGCCGGGGCUGCCUGGACUCCCAUCGAUCCCUCUCAUCCGAGACCGAGACACGAGGAGAUUCUUGGCCAGGUUGAUGCCCGCUAUGUGUUGACUUCCGCAAACCGCAGCGACCUCUGGGAUGAGUUCUCAGAUGUACGCGCCAUCGUUGUCGAAACUGCAACUUUCUCAAGCUUGCCUACAUCUACAGAUUCUACUGCACUCAUCAACAGCCCGUCGAGGCUCCGCAACGCUGCGUACGUCCUUUUUACCUCGGGGUCAACGGGAACGCCCAAGGGUGUCAUCAUCGAAAAUGCCUCCUUCACAACCAGCAUCCUUGAGCAAGGUCGUGUUCUGCAGAUGAACUGUGACACACGCACACUCCAGUUCACCUCGUACACUUUUGAUCCCAGUCUCGUUGAGAUCUUCUCCACCUUGCUGUGUGGCGGCUGCGUCUGUACCCCCACCGAGUCCGCUCGCAUGGGCGACAUCACGAACAUUAUCAACGACAUGAAGAUCACAUGGACAUCACUGACGCCCUCUUUCCUACGUACCAUCAAUCCGGACGCCGUACCGACCCUUAAGUCUGUCAUUGUUGGCGGCGAAAGAAUGUCAUCCGAUGUCUUCGAGUCCUGGCGACAAGGCGAUAGACAGCUCAUACAAGUAUAUGGACCUACCGAAGCAACCAUCACUUGUAUGGCGAGCUUCGUGCCCACCUCGGGACCGGCACACCCCGCAAACAUCGGAAGGGCCCUGGCAUCUCGGGCCUGGGUUGUCGACGCCGUCGAUCACAACAAGCUUCUCCCUAUAGGAGCCGUCGGUGAGCUCCUAAUCGAGGGGCCAAUACUGGCACGUGGCUACCUAGGUGAUGUCGACAAGACCUCUUCCGUCUUCAUUGAGAACCCGGUCUGGACCGAGAAACACUUUUCGCAUCUUGAACCCACUGGAGCCAACCCGCGACGGUUCUACAAGACUGGCGAUCUUGUUCGUCUCAGUCCCAGUGGUGAAGUUCUGUUCCUGGGGAGGAAGGGAACUCAGGUCAAGAUUCGAGGUCAGAGAGUUGAACUUGGUGAGAUCGAGGCCUCUGCCAAGAUCCAUCUCGCCAGUUCCCACGUCGUUGUCGAGGUCGUCGCUCAUCCCAUCAACAACAAUGAAGCACUUGCAAUCUUCAUACUGCAUAGCGACGAGAAUGACACCGACUUGGCAGUCUCGACUUCGGAUCACAUCAUUACCCAUGUCACAGACAACAUGAGAGGCAAACUGGUCGAGUUGGAGCAACACCUCUCGCAGUCCCUGCCAUCAUACAUGGUCCCGUCACUCUUUGUCCCUGUCGCUUGCUUCCCAAUGACCGUCUCCGGCAAGACAGAUCGCAAACGCCUUCGAGAGAUGCCAAUGUCGGAAAACCACCUCCUGCUCGCCUUACGUAACGGCGGUGUCGUCCAACAGAGACCCCUCGCCGGGACGGAGCUACUCCUCCGCACUCUCUGGACCCAGGCCCUCAACAUCCCUCAGGAGCGAAUCUUCGCCGACGACAAUUUCUUCCGUCUUGGUGGUGAUUCCAUCAACGCUAUCAAACUAGUCGGCGCUGCGAGAGAAGCUGGCUUCGCGCUCGAGGUCUUCCACAUCUUCCAGAACCCGACGCUGGCCGAGAUGGCGGCUGUACUUGUGGGCAUCGAACGUGCUACCAAGCAAGAGCUAUUACCAUUCUCCAUGGUUGAUGAUGAGUCUUCCCUCGUACAGGAUGCCGUCUCAGAAUGCGGAGUUGAUGCAGACAACAUUGAAGAUAUCUUCCCCGCCACGCCGCUGCAGGAGGGCAUGAUGGCUUUGUCCGCCCGACAAUCAGGAGCCUACUUCCUCCAGAUGGUCUUCAGGGUGCCGGAUACGGUGGACUCGGAGCGACUCAUCGACGUCUGGAACAGGAUUACCGCCGCCACGGAUAUAUUGCGAACACGAAUAAUAUUGUCGCGCUCAAAAACCUACCAAGUGGUGACUAGGAAUUCGGCCGACUGGACCCGCGGUACCAACCUCUCGAGCUAUCUCAAUGCCGACAGCGCCAACCCGCCAGGGUACGGCUGGCGACUCUGCCGGUUUGCUCUGAUUGGGAAGUCACUGACCGACCGUUACUUUGUCAUGAGUGUGCAUCACGCGCUGUAUGACGGAUGGUCGAUGGGGCUGCUCUUUGCCCAAGUCAGCGCAGCAUACCACGGCAAACCCCUUGCAUUGCAGACUCCAUACAAGUCCUUCAUUCACUACCUUCAUCAAGGCACCAUAACGGCCGAUGCAUCAAAGAAGUUCUGGGAGACUUCCGUUGCGGGCAUUUCAUGCCCGACCUUCCCUCAACUUCCUUCAGCCACCUAUCAGCCUCUGGCAAGCUCAACAGCUCAUCACACAACGUCCAUUGGAGGAGCAGACGCAAGGAGUCCCGCCGUCGUCAUAUCUACUUCAAUUCGUGCCGCAUGGGCUAAGGUGGUUUCCAAGUAUACCUACUCGGAUGAGGCAGUCUUUGGCGUCACCUUGUCCGGAAGAGACGCCCCAGUCGAUGGAAUAUCCGGCAUUGUCGGGCCGACCAUUACAACAGUUCCCUUCCGCGUCAAGAUGGGGUCGGGCUCAACUGUUGGUGAAUACCUGGAAUCAGUGCAGAAGCAUUCGGACGAUAUGUCGCAACACAUCCACUUUGGCAUCCAGAAUAUCAAAAAGUUAGGUCAUGACGGGACCUCGAGCUGCGCGUUCCAGACCCUUCUCGUCAUCCAAUUUGAUCAGCAGAUCGAAAAGGAGUUUGAGGAGCUGCUGGAGCCCAUGGAGGCCGACAACUCCAAAUUUGAAACUUUCGCCUUGACGAUUGAGUUCCGAGUUACUGACAACAGCGUUGCGGCUGAAGCUCGAUUCGAUCCCGAAGUCAUCAAGCCUGAGCAGAUGCAGAGAAUGCUCCAACAGUUUGGACAUGUUCUCAUGCAGCUGGUACAGUCUGACGCGGCGCAGUCGAUCAAGGAAAUUGGCCUCCUGAGCCCGGAGGAUUGUAAGAAACUGACAUCCUGGCACCGCGAACCAGAGACUUGGCCGAGCAUCCCAUCCUCCAUGCAUGACGCUUUCCAGCAACAGGCCAUCUUCGCCCCCUCGGCUCCUGCGAUCAGUUCGUGGGAUGGCGACUUCACCUACGAGGAACUUGACAACUUCUCAUCGAUCCUGGCUACGCAGCUUCGCCACCUGGGUGUUGGCUCCGAUACCAUUGUCCCUGUGUGCUUUGAAAAGUCUGCUUGGGCUAUCGUCUCCAUGAUGGGUAUUCUGAAGGCAGAUGCUGCUUUUGUGCCUCUCGACGCCGCCCAUCCCCGCGCUCGCCUUCUUGAGAUCAUUAGGCAAGUCGGCGCUCAAUUGAUUCUCACGGCUGAAGAUUUGCUGUCGAAAUGGGACUUUGAGGAUGCCAUUGUCUUGAAGUUCCUGACCGUGAAUCGUGCUACCAUCGACGCGAUGGCUUCUGCCGAUCUAGAAGACUCGAUUGUGCCAGCCACGCCCUCUUUGGCCAAGGCAUACAUCCUCUUCACUUCCGGAUCGACCGGCAAACCAAAGGGCGUCAUCAUGGAACACGGUGCCCUCCUCUCAUCUCUCUCGACGAACGGCAAGGUUAUGAAAAUGUCCCGCCAAACCCGCACCAUCCAAUUCGCCUCGUACACAUUUGACGCCUGUAUCAUGGAGAUCUUUGGCGCCCUAUACUAUGGCGGCUGCAUUUGUGUACCUUCCGAAAAUGCUAAAAUGGGUAACCUCGCGCAGACAAUGACCGACCUCCGCGCCAACUGGGCUUUCUUCACCCCCUCCUUUGUCAGGCUUCUCAAGCCCAAGGACGUGCCGACGCUCGAGACGCUGGUCCUGGGAGGCGAAGCCGUCACGCAAGAAGCUCUGAGCACGUGGGCAGGCCACGUCUCGCUCUUUGGCGGCUACGGGCCAACUGAAACCUGCAUCUUCUGCUGCGUGGAAGAGCUGACGCCGACGACGGAUCCAACGAGUCUCGGUGUCUCCGUCAGCGAGCGUCUCUGGGUCGCUGACGCCGCUGACCACGACCAGCUCGUUCCCAUCGGGGCGAUUGGCGAGCUCUUGGUCCAAGGUCCUACGCUCUCGAGCGGUUACCUCAAGAACCCGGACAAGACUGCCGAGGUCUUUAUCGAGAACCCGGUUUGGCUUGCUUCUUUCUCUAGCGACCUGCUGCCGCGCAUGUACAAGACUGGUGACCUUGUUCGGUAUACCACUGGAGGCAAGUUGCAGUACCUGGGACGUAAGGACACCCAAGUCAAGGUUCGCGGUCAGCGCAUCGAGCUAGGUGAGAUCGAGCAUCAGGCGACGUCUCUCGCCGGCGGCAUCAACGUUGUCGCCGACGUUGUGAAGCAUCCCAACCGCUCCACCGCCCCCAGCGUUGCGCUCUUCUUGGUCCUAGAUCCAGAAUCCCAGUCCGAGGCCAUAUUGACGCCGCCAUCAGAAGAGUUUCAAUCACAACUGAAGAGGCUCCAAGCUGCCCUCUCAGAGGUUCUUCCUUCUUACAUGGUUCCGACGCUAUUCAUCCCAAUCACCCGGAUGCCUUUCACAACAGCUGGAAAGACGGAUCGAUUGAGCUUGCGCCGCUUGACCGCUGAGGUUACGGAAGAACAAUUCCGCUUGUAUUCUCUCGGAGAUGAAUCGGCCAAGCUUGCAACGUCAACUCCUUUGGAAGCGACACUGGCUCGUCUUUGGGCUGUCGUUCUCAAGACCAACGUCGCCAGCAUAGGUGCGGACGAUAGCUUCUUCAGGAUUGGCGGUGACUCCAUUCUGGCAAUCGAGCUGUCGUCGCUGGCGAGAGCUGAACGACUUUCCGUGGAAGUCUCGACCGUGUUCCAACAUCCAGUUCUCAGCGAACUUGCACUCCACGUGGAACGCAUCGAUGGAGAUCUGGCGUCGCUUCCAUCCGAAAUCGAGCCGUUUUCUCUCACUGAUGGAUCUCAUGCCGUCAUUGAGCAAGCAGCAAACGCAUGUGGCGUUGAUAAACACCACAUCGAGGAUUUCUACCCCUGCACUGCUCUCCAAGAAGGACUCAUGGCACUUUCGAUCAAGACUCCAGGAUCCUACGUUCUUCACAACAGCUUUGCAUUGCCAGAAGACAUUGACCUCCAUCGUCUAGAAGCAGCUUGGAGAGCGGCGCACGAACAAAUGCCCAUUCUGAGAACGAGGAUCUUCCAGACUGAAGAAGAGGGAGUCUUGCAGGUUGUCAUCGCUGACGGAUUCCACUGGACCACAGUCGUAGACGAAGAUGUUUCUGACUUUGUCAUCCAGGACCGUCAGCGAUCUGUCCGGUAUGGAGAUACUCUUUGUCGCCUGACGGUCUUGCGCCAUCCCGACGGGCACAAGUCCCUCAUCUGGAAUAUUCACCACGCACUUUACGACGGAUGGUGUCUACCUCUGAUUCUAGCAAACGUGGAAGCGCAUUACCAGGGUCUCGAGUCACCGACGCCAACACCGUUCAACCACUUCAUCAAAUACCUGACGACUACUGACACGGAGGCAUCUGAAACUUUCUGGGCAUCGACGCUUGAUGGAUUCGCCGGCCCCUCGUUCCCUGCGCUGCCCAAUGCUACAUACAGCCCCAAAGCAGAUGACAUCGUUGACCGCCAAAUCGAGUUCCAGCAUAGUCGUCUGCAAAGCGACAUCACCGACUCAACCUUCAUCCGUGCCGCAUUGGGUAUCGUUAUUGCCCGGCAUACAAAUUUUCGCGAGUCGGCCUUUGGCAUCACGCUGACAGGUCGUAAUGCGCCCAUUUCAGGCAUACUCACUUUGCCUGGUCCGACCAUCACAACUACACCGUUCAAAGCUGCCUGGGAGCAAGACACUAACGUCUCUGCUUUCCUUCAGUCGGUCCAGAGCCAAGCCACCGACAUGAUUCCCUACGAGCAGCUCGGUCUCCAACGCAUUCGCCGCCUGACUCCCUACUCCCGAGCAGCAUGCGACUUCCAGACAUUGCUUGUGAUUCAACCCGUGAAUCAAGAGGUACGGGUCUCUGGUGGCAGCAUGAUGGGUACAAUGAGCGUUUUGACAGACUCUAAGGAGUUCCAGACCUACGGGUUGACAAUCGAAUGCAUGCUCGGGAGCGAGGGGAUGAUUAUGCACGCCCAAUACGACUCGGCAAUGCUGAGUCGCACAGAGGUCCAGCGAUUGAUGGAGCAGAUUGACCAAGUCAUCAACCAGCUACAGACACAGGUACUUACGGACCAACUUGUUGAAGACAUCGCCAUCAUUACGCCCGGCGAGGUGGAUCAACUAGUCCGGUGGAACGGUCCCAUGCCCGCCGCCGUCGACCACUGCCUACACCAGACUUUCGCCGCGCGGGCAAAGAUUCAGCCGCUUGCCCCGGCAGUCAAUGGGUUCGACGGGAACUUUACGUAUGCCGAGCUAGACCACCUCUCCAGCGUUCUUGCACACCGACUCCAACUCAAGGGCGUUGGAAGUGGUCAAUUUGUCCCAUUCUGCUUCCGCAAGUCGUCGUGGAUGCCCGUGGCCGCCAUGGCCAUCCUGAAAGCCGGCGCCGCGUGCGUGGCAAUCGACCCAACUCACCCCAUCGGCCGUCUGCAGACCAUCAUCGGAGAAGUUAAAGCGACAAUAGUCCUGACUUCCGCCGGAGAAAAGGAUAUCUUCCGCGGCAUCUUUGAAGACGACAUGAUUGUCACGCCGGAACUUCUCUCCGCCGACAUGGCAAACCAGCCCACACCAACCCUCAGUCCCGUGAACCCAGAAGACCCAGCUUUUGUUGUCUUUACCUCUGGCUCAACCGGGAAACCAAAGGGCAUCGUCCUCUCACAUCGCUCCAUCAGCACCAGCUCCGCCGCCCACGGCCAGGCCCUCGGUAUCGGCCCAGCUUCCCGUGUCCUCCAAUUCUCCGCCUACACCUUUGACAUUAGUGUCCAGGACGUCUUCACAACCCUCGCCCGCGGCGGCUGUGUCUGCGUCAUUUCUGACUCGGACAGGGUCAACAACCUCCCCGGCGCCAUCAAUGCUCUCAGCGUCAACUUCGCCGGCCUCACACCCACCGUCGCUUCGAUGCUCUCCCCGGGUGACGUGCCUACGCUGCGAACUCUCGCGCUCGCGGGCGAGGCCUUGACCAAGUCCAACAUUGAGACGUGGCACGCAGAUGUCGAUCUGCAUAAUUGCUAUGGUCCUGCUGAGACUACAAUCUACUGCUCUAGCAACGGCCCUCUGCAAGGCAGCGACACCCCUGGCACCAUUGGUCGACCCUUGGCGAGCCGACUUUGGGUGGUCGAGGCAGACAAUCACAACAAACUCGUACCGAUCGGUUGUGCCGGAGAACUGCUCGUGGAAGGUCCUCAGGUCGGAAAGGGAUACUUGAACGAGCCCGAAAAGACUGCCACGGCAUUCAUCGAGAAUCCUGCCUGGGCAGAGCCCGAGGAUGGCUCUGCACGCCGAAUGUACAAGACCGGCGACAUUGUCUUCCAAAACAUGGACGGAACGUUCGUGUUCGUCAGUCGCAAGGACAACCAGGUCAAGAUUCGCGGUCAGCGUGUGGAAAUUGACGAGAUCGUUUCCGUUUUGCUCAACGAGUCCGGCAUUGAGCACGCCGCCGUUGUCAUCCCCAAGACUGGUCUUUGCAACAAGUCUCUCGUGGCAAUGGUUUGCCCCUCACCGUCCAUGGCCGUCGAAUCGGAAACAGACAUUAUGGGGAUGCCGCAAGAUUUUGACGCUGCUAGAACCCUGGUCUCACAGCUGCGCAAGCGGGCAUCGGACAGCCUCCCUUCGUACAUGGUUCCAGAGGCUUGGCUCGUUGUGAAUGACAUGCCCAAGACGACAUCUAUGAAGGUCGACCGCAAGCGCAUCAGCCAGUUUAUGGAAGAGGUGGACGAGGAAACAUACCGCAAGAUGAUGGAUCUUGCUGUCGACGACUUGUCUGAAUUCCGCCCGCCCGUCACUUCGAUGGAAAUCGCCCUCCAUCAUAUCCUCCAGAAAGUGCUCAACACGACAUCCGACCUCAUCGACAUGAGUCGGUCCUUCUUAGCAACCGGCGGUGAUUCCAUAACAGCAAUGCAGACCGUCUCCAACGCCCGAGGCCGCGGCCUCAUCCUCAGAGUGGAAGAUAUCAUCCUUGCAAAGGACCUCUCCGAGCUAGCUCUCACAAUGACUGAGAUUCUGCCACAAGACGGCAUCAUCGACUCCCAAGAGCGCCCAAACGCAUCGUUCCUGCUCUCCCCGACGCAGGAGCUCUUCUUCCGCAGCACACUGAAAGACGACAUCCGCUUCAACGAAAACGUCCUCCGUCUGGGCAUAGACGUAGCCGAAAGCGACCUCCGCGACGCCCUGGACGCCCUUGUUCGCCAGCAACCUAUGCUCCGCGCUCGCUUCGACCACGAGAGCGACCCGCGCACGCAGCGUGUCACGAUAAACGUCGAGGGAUCAUACCGCUACAGCAUCCACUCCAUCUCCUCGCCCGCUGAGAUGGAGGCCAUAAUCACGACGACGCGCUCCUUUUUGAGUUCUUCUCUCGGCCCGCUGUUUGCCGCAGAUCUCAUCGACAUUGGCAACGACGGCCGCUACGUCUUCAUGACUGCCCACUUUCUCGUCAUGGACUCCUCCUCGUGGUCCAUCGUCCUGGACGAGAUUGAACACUUUUUGCAAUUCAAACGUCUCAGGAACCAGGAUGCGCCGCUGCCCUACGAGCAUUGGUGCCGUUCGCUAUCGAUCGAGCAACAGAAUCUCCAAGACGUGAGACCAACUGGCGAUCUAUCCUAUUGGGGCGUUUGUGAGAAUCAGGAUGUUUUUGACCCGCAACUUCACACCGGGUUCUCCGUGGACGCCGAAUGUACGGAAGUCCUCCGGUCCAUUAGCAAAAAGAUGCCGGGAGUCGAUCCAACUGUCAUCCUCCUGACGGCCAUCACCUACGCCUUCCGCACGACCUUCACCGACCGCGCUCCCCCUUCCAUCUGGCUUCACAUCGACGCUCGAAACGACGCGGACGUGCUGCAGGACUUCUCCAACACGGUCGGCUACUUCACCGACUGGUGUAACCUCGAUAUCGUCCUCGCCGGCGCAGGUGACGCGAUCGACGCGCUCGCCUCUACCAAGCAAGCGCGCCUGGAGCAGAGAAGUCGCACGGUGAAUCGGGGCUUCGCGAGCCAGUUGCCUUUCGAGAUUACAUUUACAUGCGAUGAUGUACGGACUAUGAGUCAUCGUGGGCAAGCCCACGGCAUCUUGCAAAAGGUCCCGGACACUCAGUUGUCGACGGUCAAACUCGCGGAGAGCGCUCGCCGGCCAGGCCUCAUCAACAUCUCCGCAACAAUGAGCGAGAACGAUCGAGCUAAACUGGACUUUGCGUUCCCUGACAGUAUGUCGCGCACCAGCAAGUUCAACGACUGGGUAUCCGCGACCGAAGCCGCUCUUUCACAGCUCAUCGAUCAUUUAGAGAAUCUGCAGCCGCAGGUGGGCUUGGACCAGGGCUACCCCGUUUGCCACGACCACAGCGCACAGCAGAUGAUCUCUACCGGCUCCAGCAGCCCAAUCGAUGUGGAAGACAUUUACCCAUGCUCGCCCCUUCAGCAAGACAUGCUCCUGUCAGAAGAAAAGCAGAGAGGAUACUACAACGCUCACUUCAUCUUCAAGAUUGACGAUUCCGAAAGUGCCCCUAUCGACACAACCAAGCUCGAACACGCCUGGCACCAAAUCGUCGAUCGCCACCUCAUUCUCCGCACAGUCUUCUUCAAGGACUCUUCCCGCGGUGACCUCUUCACCCAGGCCGUCUUGAAAACCAUACCCUCCACCGCGUCCACAAUCACCAUCCCUCAAGGCAAGGACGCCAAAGACCAUUUGGCAUCGCUCCCACGCGUCGACGCACGAGGCUUCCGCCCCUCGCACAAGUUAACCCUCUGUGUCACAGACGACGGCAAGACUUUGGCAUCUCUCCAGAUCAAUCAUACCAUCAUGGAUGGUCCCACGAUAUCAACCAUCAUCGCCGACCUUUCGCGCGCAUACCACGGCCAUGGUCCCUCAAGUCCAGUCCCCCUCUACAAGGACUUCAUCUCCCACGUCCAACACAGCCCCCUCACCCUCUCCCUCAAAUACUGGCGCAACUACCUCACCAACGCCCCCAACUCGGUCACUUCAUCGCCUUUCACAAACCUCAAGUGCGCUCCACGCUCCGGCCAACCACAAACCGUCUCCAUCCCCAUCACACAGAUCGCGGACCUCGAGAUCCUCGCCAGAAGCGCAAAAACCACCCUUGCCUCUGUCUUCCGCGCCGCCUGGGCUCUGCUCCUGCACCGGUACACCGGCACCAACGUCGUGGUCUUUGGCUAUGUCACCGCCGGCCGGCAGGUCCCCGUCGCGGGCGCGGAUCACAUGGCCGGUCCGCUGCUGAACAUGCUCCCCUGCCGGACCAGCCUCGACGCGGCCUCUGCCUCUGCGGUACCGGAUCUCUUGCGAGACGUGCACGAGGAUUACAUGGAUAGCAUGGCCCACGGGCUCGUCUCCCCCGGGCAAAUCGGUCGCUCGCUCGCUCGCGCGCCGCCGUUGUUCAAUACCCUGUUGAACUUUAGGAGACAUGGAACUUCUGCGAAGGAGGCUGUCGAGGCUGUCGGUUCGACUGCUGCGCCUGAUCUUUCUUAUAAGAUGGUUUACUCUCGUGACCCUAUGGAGUUUGAUAUUGUUGUCGCUAUUGAUGACAAGGGUGGGGAGACGGUGGCUUCCAUCAGCUACUGGGAUCAGAGCAUGACGAGGGCGGAUGCUGAGAGGGUGGCGGAGGAUUACCAUCUCUCCCUGUCGCGAAUUGUUUUUUCCGUGGGGAUUUCUUCAUUGGCAUAG